UCCGUGCGCGGAAUGAGUGAACCGGAGCGCAAGUGCGCGGAUGUUUUAACGGUAUGACGGCGGGUCUCUGGAGCUGUAGCUGAAGGAUCAGAGCCGGAGAGAGAGAGAGAGAAAGAGAGAGAGAGAGAGAGAGAGAGAGAGAGAAAGAGAGAGAGAGAGAGAUCAUGCGGGGUUCUGCGCUCCGGCUGCUGGGACUCGUGUGGCACCUCUCCGCGCUUUUACGCAUCGCGCGCCCGCACAAACUGCAUCCAAAACAAGAGAGCUUCAUUGGCCAGCUGUCAGCGUAUGAGAUCAUCACACCGGUGCGAUUGAAUGAGUUUGGAGAGUCUUUCCCGCACCGGCUGCACUACCGCAGGAGAAAGCGCAGUCCUGAUGCCCAGCUCUCGGGUUUGAGGGCUCAGUACAGCAUCCAGGCGUUCGGUCAGAACUUUCAUCUCAACCUCACGGCUGAUUCUGGAUUUAUCGCUCCGUCCUACACGGUGGAUCAUCUGGGAGAAGAAGAGCAUCAGGACGCAGACCUUCGACACUGCUUCUUUAAAGGACACGUGAACGCUCGACAGGAAUAUCAGGCCGUCUUCAGUCUGUGCGCUGGACUCGUGGGUACGUUCACCUCGCACAGCGGCCAGUUCUUCCUCGAGCCCCUGCUGAGCGCUGACGGAGAGUAUGAGGACGAACAAAACAAGCCUCACCUCAUCUACAAACACGACCCGCACAGGAAGUCACCUGACACCGACAGGAAGUCACCUGACGCGCAGCCGUGCACGACCUCAGAACAUCAUGCCAGCACACACAUCAUUCUCCAUAGCAACAGAACUCUCAAAGAGGAGGUGACAUCGUUACAGGAAACCCUGCGCAAGAGCACGGCCCACUCUAAAGAUGAUCCCAGCGACGCUCAUUCCCGCAAGAAACGCUUCCUGUCGUACCCGCGCUUCGUUGAGCUGAUGGUGACGGCCGAUGUGAAGAUGGUGAGACAUCACGGACGGAACCUGGAGCACUACAUACUCACUAUCAUGUCGGUAGUUGCUGCGAUCUACCGAGACCCCAGUGUGGGAAACCUCAUAAACAUCAUGAUUGUCAAACUCAUCGUCAUACACAACGAGCAGGAAGGGCCGAACAUAAACUUCUACGCCACAUCCACGCUGCACAACUUCUGCGUCUGGCAACAGAGUCACAACGCUAUAGACGACACUCACCCGAACCACCAUGACACUGCACUUCUCAUAACCAGGGAGGACAUCUGCCGAGCAAAAGACAAGUGUGACACGUUAGGUCUGGCGGAGUUGGGGACGAUGUGUGACCCGCACCGCAGCUGCUCCAUCAGCGAGGAGAACGGACUGAGCUCAUCCUUCACCAUCGCUCAUGAACUCGGUCACGUGUUCAACAUGCCUCAUGAUGACAGUCCGAAGUGUCGUGAGUCUGGCGUCAAGCAUCAGUAUCACGUCAUGGCUCCGACGCUCAACUAUGACACCAGUCCGUGGUCCUGGUCCAAAUGCAGCCGCAAACACAUCACUGAUUUCCUCGAUACGGGUUAUGGUGAAUGUCUCUUGGACGAGCCUCCGGGCAGAACGUAUAAUCUUCCCGCUCAGCUCCCGGGUCAACUCUACAACGCCAACCGACAGUGUGAACUCAUGUUCGGCCCCGGAUCACAAGUCUGUCCGUUUAUGAAGCAGUGUAAGCGUCUGUGGUGCACCAGCGCAGAAGGAGAUCACAAAGGCUGUCGCACACAGCACAUGCCCCUCGCUGACGGAUCAGACUGCGGUUAUGGGAUGUACUGCAGGCAUGGGAUGUGUGUGAAUAAGGAAGUGGAUAUGAAGCCUGUUCAUGGUGAGUGGGGUCCGUGGGGUCCGUACAGUGUUUGUUCCAGAACCUGUGGAGGAGGAACACGCUCAACAACCAGAGACUGCAAUAAACCUGAGCCGAGAAACGGAGGUCGCUUCUGUGUGGGUCGCCGGAUGAAGUUCCGCUCGUGUAACACAGACCCGUGUCCUCGAGGCCAGAGAGACUUCAGAGAGGAACAGUGCGCACACUUCGACGGGAAACACUUCAACAUCAACGGUCUGCCUCCGUCUGUGCGCUGGGUGCCUAAAUACAGCGGCAUUCUGAUGAAGGACCGAUGUAAGCUCUUCUGUCGUGUUGCGGGGACGAUGGCGUACUAUCAGCUGAGGGAUCGAGUCGUAGACGGAACGCCGUGUGGACCGGACACAUACGACAUCUGUGUUCAAGGCCUCUGUCGGCAAGCAGGUUGCAAUCACAUUUUAAACUCCAAGGCCAGAAAUGAUAAAUGUGGAGUUUGCGGUGGUGAUAAUUCCUCCUGUAAGACGCUGGCGGGAACAUUCAACAACGCACAGUAUGGUUAUAAUGUUGUGGUUCGGAUUCCUGCCGGUGCGACGAACAUUGAAAUCAAGCAGGUCAGCUACUCGGGGUCACCAGAAGAUGAUAACUACCUCGCUCUGUCUGACGGACAGUCCAACUUUCUUCUCAAUGGGAAUUUCGUGGUGUCGAUGUUUAAAAGGGAAAUGACGUUCAAAGGAGCUGAAAUCGAGUACAGCGGAUCAAACACGACGGUGGAGCGCAUCAACUGCACACAACGCAUCGAGGACGAGCUCGUGCUCCAGGUUUUGUGUGUCGGAAAUCUGUACAAUCCGGACGUGAGAUAUUCAUUCAGCGUUCCUGUUGAAACUGAGCAAGAAGCGUUUGUGUGGGACGCGUCCGGUCCCUGGCAGGAGUGCACACGCAUGUGUCGUGGAGAGCGUCGUCGGAAGGCCGUGUGUGUUCGUAAGAGUGAUCAUUUAGUGGUUUCUGAGCAGAGGUGUGAGUAUCUGCCUCGACCCCGCGGCACAACAGAGUCCUGUAACACACACUGUGAACUCAGGUGGCAUAUAGCGGGCAGGAGCGAUUGUUCCAGUAAGUGUGGCCCCGGGCACCGUACACUGGACGUGUUGUGUAUGCGCUACAGUCAGAACAAGUGGCAGAGCGAGCGUGUGGAGAGCAGAGCCUGCGCAGAUCUGCCCAAACCCCAGAGCAGAGAGGUCUGUCAUGGAGACUGUCUGCAGAAGAGCUGGCAGUACAGCGCCUGGUCUCAGUGCUCCAGAACCUGUGGUCAAGGCGUCAGGUCACGACAGGCCUUCUGUAUGAAUAAUCUGAGCCGCAGGCUGGUGGACAGAGAGUGUGAUGAACAGCAGAGGAUCCUCACAGAACCCUGUAGUGAUGUGUCAUGUCCUGAUUGGUCUGCAGGAGAGUGGAGUGAGUGUUUAGUGACCUGUGGUAAAGGUGUCAGACACAGGCAGGUGCUUUGCAUUCUGGGAGAUGAGAAAGUAAGCGAGCAGCGCUGUGACAUCAGCACUAAACCCUCAUCUGUGGGCAGCUGUGACCUCUCAGAAUGUGCGUCCUGGCAGGUCGGAGUCUGGAGUCCGUGUACAGUGAGCUGCGGACAGGGAUAUCAGAUGAGAGCCGUCCGGUGUGUGUCAGGUGAUUAUCCACAGACGCUGGACGAUAGAGAGUGUAACGCAGCCACCAGACCCAGAGACAGUCAGGACUGUGAGAUGUCAGCUUGUCCUCGUACAGCAUCUGUCUUAAACACACCUGGACCAGCAGAACCCGCUCACAUACAAACACAGUGGAGAUACGGCUCAUGGACCACAUGCUCGGUGUCGUGCGGUGAAGGUCGGAGAGGACGUUACGUCAGCUGUAGAGAUGCUCAAGGGGGCGUCGCCGAUGAGUCUAACUGCGCUCACCUGCCACGCCCCCCUGACUCCUCAACCUGCUUCAGCCCCUGCGGCCAAUGGAGAGACAGCGAGUGGUCCACGUGUUCAGUGACGUGCGGUGUGGGUCGCUCCACUCGACGGGCGGUGUGUAUGAACUAUCAUCAUCAGGUGGACGAGUCUUUCUGUCACCCGGAUGAGAAGCCCAACACCGAGCAGGAGUGUGCCGCCGCCCCCUGUCAAUCAUCCCAUCAGUGGCCCAAUAACCAGCCGCAUUUGCCCCAUGACCCCGGCAGUCACCCCGGACAUGACAGCUGGAACGUCCCAUCAGCCGACAACCAGUGGAGGACGGGACCGUGGGGAGCGUGUUCCAGCACGUGUGACGGGGGGUCUCAGAGGAGGGUGGUGGUCUGUCAGGACGCAGACGGACGCAGCAACAAUUACUGCGACGAGAGACUCAAACCCAGCGAAUCAAAGAACUGCAACUCUGGACCCUGUCCACACUGGAACUACGGCGUCUGGGGAGAGUGCACGCAGUCGUGUGGCGGCGGUCAGCGGACGAGGUUGGUGGUGUGUCAGCUUUCGAGCGGUCAGAGGUUAACUGAACACAACUGUGAUGUGCUGGACAAACCACCUGAUGGGGAGGCGUGUAACACCAGGUCCUGCCCCGGCACCGCUUCCUGGCACAGACACGCAUGGCAGCCGUGCUCUGUGUCGUGUGGUAAAGGGAUGAAAGAGAGAGAGAUCACGUGUGUUGAUCAGAACCAGACCCAGAUGGAUGAUGAGAGGUGUGUUCAUCAGAAGAGACCCAGAACACAGAAGACCUGUCGAGCCGGACCCUGUCCCAUCUGGACCACCAGUCAGUGGGGGGAGUGCUCUGUGACUUGUGGUGUUGGCGUUCAGACUCGUGAGGCUUUCUGCAGAUUAAAGGUCAGAGGUCGAGUCAGUGAUGAUGUGUGUGACACGCGUGUUCGUCCGGACCGGACCCAGUCGUGUUUUCAGACGGAGUGUCCGACACACAGCUGGACCACACGCCAGUGGCAGAACUGUAACGAGAGCUGUGGACAGGGUGUGAGGUUCAGACCGGUCUUCUGUGUGGACAGAGACAUGAAUGUGGUUUCUGACAGUUUGUGUGACGCUUCUAAGAAACCGGACACACAUGAGAGCUGUCACAGCGCCCCCUGUCAGCACAUGUGGAUCACUACACACUGGAGUCAGUGUUCGGUGUCGUGUGGUUUUGGACUUCAGCGUCGGGAGGUCUUCUGUUCUGUCGUGCCCUUUGACCUCACUCUGAGCUCUUUCAGUGCACAGUCAUAUUCUCAGACGUCUCCUAAUGAAUGUCGUGACAUCCUGCCGGCAGACACGCAACCCUGUCAGGUCUCCGUGUGUCCGUUAGCUGUGUACUGGAAGCUGGGCCCGUGGAGCAAGUGUUCUCAGACGUGUGGAGCUGGAGUGAUGGAGAGGAGUGUGGAUUGUGUGAACGCUGAUGAUGUCACAUCUCACGCGUGUUCACCGUCCACACGGCCCGAGUCUCACGCUACCUGCAGACUGACAGACUGUGAACUUCACACGAGCUGCAGAGAGCUUCAUAUGAAGGGAGGCAUCAGGGAAGAUGGAGAACGUUUUCUUAAAGUCAAAUCUAAAAUUCUUCAGAUUUACUGUGAUGAAAUGCACACCAGACACCCGAAAGAGUACGUGACCCUGCGCAGCGGCCAAACAGACAACUACUCAGAGAUCUAUGCAUACAGGCUUCAGAACCCGUUUGAAUGUCCGUAUAACGGCACCAGGACACAAGACUGCGUCUGCAGGAAGGAUUAUUCUGCCGCGGGUUACACCGUCUUCCAGAGAGUCCGUCUGGACCUUUCAACGAUGCGUGUCAUCACGACUGACGUGAAGUUCAGUCGGACACUGUUCGGUCGCUCCGUCCCGUUUGCCUCUGCCGGAGAUUGUUACAGUGCUGCUAAAUGUCCUCAGGGUCAGUUUAGCAUUAAUCUGGCCGGCACAGGGUUAAAGGUCGCAGGUUCCACUAAAUGGGUUUCCCAGGGCAACUAUGUGUCACUGAAGGUUCAUCGAUCACAGGACGGCAGCAGAAUCUACGGCCGCUGUGGAGGUUUCUGUGGUAAAUGUCUCCCUCAUCCUCACACCGGUCUUCUCGUCCACCUUUAGUCCAUCUGUCCUCCGUGAGCUCUUCCGCAGAUCUCCACUUCUCUGCGUCAUCAUGUGUUGAAUGGGAUAUUCAGAACACAAUCACUGAAACUCUGUGAGAAGAACACGGCUGCAGAAUGAAUUCAGACUGCAAGGGAUUGUGGGUCAAAUAUUUACGUUGUGUUUAUGUUGGCCUGAGCUGCACUGAAAGAACAGAAGGUUUCGUUUCAUCAGGCAACAUUCAGAAAACUGUUUUGUUGGGCAUGAACUCUUACAAACUGCUCCACUGGACUAUCAUGGUACAGAGAGAGCAUCAGAAGGCAGAUCUGUGAUAUCUGGAUUAACUGCGGUACUUCACAGACCGUAGUAUUUAACUGCUCAUGAGGCUGAUGGAGUACAACGUUUAUUCAACGUGAUGAAAAACAAAACUACUGAAGACGUUUGUCCCACACGGACGAAAGAUAUGCGAUGAGAGACUAGUCAGAGAAGAUCUGAUGUUACGGCAGACAGCUCCAUAUGAACGUGUAAAUAUUUAAAUGUGUACAUUAGUCUGAUCUGAAAACAAACACUACGCAUGAAUCUGUCAGAGACACAGACAUCCCUAAUGAUUAUGUGUUUAUUAUAGUAAAAGUGUAUUCUACCGUGCUUUUAGGUGGAUUGAUAAUCGUCAGUUUUUCUACACAUUCUCUGGUAAAACUAUAGUUAGCAUGUAUUGUAGUAAAGCUAUGACUAAUUUACGCUGUUGAGGCUAAUGUGUCACUAAUGGUGCUAAAAACAAACACAACGAUAGCAGAUGCUUCUCGCUUACUAAACUGAUGAAAAAAUACAAAGAAAUAAAAAAGAAUCGCUAACAUGACAGCUGAAACCACAUGAAGCUGAGACCCCUUAAACUGAUAGUUCACGCAAAAAUAAAAAUUCUGUCAUCUGUCAAAGUCAUUACCAGGGCCGGACUGGCCAUCUGGAGUACAGGAAUUUUUCCCGGUGGGCCGAGUCAGACACGUAUGCAUGUAACACAAUGAAACAUUAAAUACGACCCCUCCCCAUCGACAAAAAUAGUGGAUGGUCGAUGUGAGCCGAAUAAUCCAGGGCCGAUUUUUCUUCCCAAUCCGCCCCUGAUCACCCUCAUGUCAUUUCAUACUGAUGAACACAGAGAAAGAUAUUUGGAAGAAUCUUAGUCAUUUCUAGACAAUUCUGUGACGUCAUUGACUGCCAUAGUAGGAAAAAUGGUAAAUGUUAGUCAAAUGUGCCCCAGAACUGUUUUUUUCUUUUAUGGUAUUUGAUGAUGUCAUAGAGCUGAAAAUGGGAACAUUCUUACAAAUAUCUUUCUUUGUGUUUAACAGGACAAAGAAAUUCACACAUGUUUGAAACAACAUGAGGGUGAAUAAACAAUGACAGAAUUCUCAUUUUUGAGUGAACUAGUCCUUUAAAACCCUGACGCAGACCAGUUGAGACCAGUCCAGUAGUUUUUGUUUGUUUAAUGUUUGUUUAAUCUAAUAUCCCUCGUGUAGAAAAUCAUAAUUCGUCACAAUUGGAGAUAUUUCACCAGUAUAACAGUCUCUACCUCUCACGUGUUUGAUUUGUUUAUUUAUGUUUAACAGUAUUUAUUCUUUAGGGAACAUAUAUGAUAUUCUUAUAACGCUUAUAUAUUCUAUAAGGUGCUAUUUGACCUCGGACUGUGAUGGAGGUGCUGGAACGACUUUUCUUUCAUCAUGUCUGAUUGCUUGUUUUUACAUCAUAUUUUAACCAAUCAGAUAUCUCCAAAUGUCUUCCUGAUUACUCUUCUUUUAUAUUUAUAUUUACCGUACGCUGAUAUAUGACCUGAAGAUGAUUGACAGAUGACGAGCAGCUAAGGACAAACCUCUGACUAUCAUUGUGUUGAUAGACGACUGAACUAUGAGCUCUGUAUCAGAAAUAAACUGAAUAUAUGUAUAUAUAUAUAUAUAGAAAUAGAAAUGCACUGUGUGCCGGGAAUCACGUGAUGUUUGUAUAUUAACAGUGAAUGUUUAUAUUUUAAUAUUCAUACUUGAAGUGCAAAGAUUGAGUGAUUUUGCAUCUUGGUGGAGUUAAAAACAGAAUGCACAUAUUAUCCAAAGAUAUUUUAAAUCCAGCUUUUACUCAUGAUGUAGUGUUUUAUAAGAAAUCGUGAU